AAGCCGAAGACGAACUUCCUCGGAAGAUUUUCAUCAUCCGAGUCCCAUAAAUAUUCAAAGAGUAAUUAGAAUUCUUAAAUUCAAGACUUCGUUAGGUGCGGCCCAGCCUUAACGACAAGUUUCUGGCAAGCCUCGGUUGGCCUUGGAUAAUACUUGCGUGCAAGUUGAUGUAAUCAAUUGCCGUCGUCUGAAUGUAAUUUAACAGAAAAUCUUGCCGUCAAUUUGAAGUGAAACUUCCAAUCAACUUAACGUCAUUGUCUGACAUAGCUCAGAAUGUAAACUGGCGAAAAAGAUAGCUUGUAUCCGCGCAUGCGUACAUAAAAAUUUAAUUAUGAAAAGGCCUGUUGCACUACGAGGAAAAAUGAAGUUUUUUUUUUUGUAACUUUUUUAAAAAAUAAAAUGAUCUUAUAAUAAAAUGAUCUUUAGAAAUUUUCCAGUUCAAUGGCUCUUAGUGAUAAUUUUAGUAGUUAUUAUUCUAUUCUUCAAAAUAAAGUUAGAAUCAUUAAAAGAUGAGAAUAAAAUGUUGAUUAGUGAACUUACAAAAAUUCAAGACUUUACCAAAAAUCAAAAAAGUUCAAAAAGUGAUACAAAAUUAGAAAAAUUUGAAGACACCAUAAUUAUAUAUAACAGAGUUCCAAAGACUGGGUCUACUAGCUUUGUCGGUGUAGUGUACGAUUUGUGUAAAAAAAAUAAAUUUCAUACGCUACACAUAAAUAUUACUAAUAAUAUGCAUACAUUUACACUUUAUAACCAGAUUCAGUUUGUCAACAAUAUUACACGGUGGAAUAUAAUGAAGCCUGCUUUUUAUCAUGGCCACAUGGCUUUUUUAAAUUUUAAUAAGUUCGGAGUGAAACAAGUACCUUUAUAUCUCAAUUUAUUGAGGAAACCACUUGAUAGAUUUAUUUCUUACUAUUAUUUUCUACGCUACGGAGACAAUUUUCGACCACAUCUUCUCAGGAAGAAGUAUGGUGACACUAAGACAUUUGAUGAAUGUGUUAAAGCUGGCCAAACUGACUGUGAUCCUAACAGCAUGUGGUUACAAAUACCAUUUUUAUGUGGUCAUGAACCUGGAUGUUGGGAAGUUGGUAAUCCAUGGGCUCUGGAGGAAGCGAAAAGAAAUUUAGCAAAUAAUUACUUCCUCGUCGGAGUAACUGAAGAAUUAGAUGAAUUUGUACAAAUUUUACAAAUCGUACUUCCUGAUUUUUUCCGAGGAGCUCAUAAUUUAUUUUCUCAUAGCGAUAAAUCACAUUUGCGAAAAACUACUCAAAAAAUAGAACCUCUUCCAGAAACGGUGAAAAUAAUUCAAAAUUCUACUGUUUGGAAAAUGGAAAACGAACUAUAUAAUUUUGCUGUUUCUUACUUCCAUGCUGUAAAAAAACGUUUAAUAAAUGCUUCUUUACAAGACUUAAACCAACAUUUUAUGUAUGAAAAAAUACGACCAAAAUGAAUCAAUUUUUAAAAAAAUGUCUUAGCGCAAACAUAUGUACAGGAUAUAAACCUUGAGGCAAAUGGAGUUGUUCUUGUUCUUUAAUGCAAAUCAAAUUGGCAGAUUGAAAUACUUUUUUCAGAUUGUCAUAUGGCCUAGUAAAAGAAGAAUCUUGAACAUCGACUUCAAUUUUAUUAGAACUUGUUACAUUUUCUUUUACAAUUAUCAUUCCAUUAGUUUUCAGUGCGUUGCUACAAGUCAAAUAAUUAUGAUUAGUUUACCAGAAAUGUUACAUAAAAGUAUUUUUAAUAUAAU